AUGCUCUUCAUAUAUAUUCUUCAUGCAUGCACUUCAUUGUUGUUGUUAUUAAUUCAUACGUUGUGGAGGGGGGAAUUAAUUAAGGCGCUUCUGAUCGAUCGAGUGGCCGGGUUUUUGAAUGUCCUGCAUGCGCAGGGGUUUAGGAAGGUGGUGCCGGAGCGGUGGGAGUUCGCGAACGAGUUCUUUAGGAAGGGGGAGAAGCAUCUUCUGUGCGAGAUCCACCGGCGCAAGUCACCCGCGGCUUCUGCGUCCUCCUCCUCCUCCUCCUUCCCUUCUCCCUCCUCUCCUCACCUUUUCCCUAGUCCCCAGCACCUCCCCCUCUUCCACCACCACCACCACCACCACCACCUCCCCCUCCCCCCCUGGACCGACUCCCCCUCUCCUCCUCGCCUCCUCGUCCUCGGCCCCACCCCGACCGCCUCCGCCUCCGCCUCCGCCGCCGCCGCCAACGUAGGAGGAGCGGCGGCGGCGGCGGCGUUGGUGGAGGAGAACGAGCGGCUGCGGCGGAGCAACGCGGCGCUGGUGGCGGAGCUGGCCCACAUGCGGAAGCUCUACAACGACAUCAUCUACUUCGUGCAGAACCACGUGCAGCCCGUGGCCCCGAGCUCCGCGGCGUCUCCGCUCGUCGCCGCCCGCGGCCUGCGCGGCCUCGUCGACCAGCGCAGGUCGGCGGCCACGAAGCCCGAGCUCAACAGCGCGAGCACCACCUCGAGCAGCUCCCUCACCAUCGCCGACGAGCCUUCGCCCCCGCCGGCGCCACCGCCGCCGCCGCCGCAGAACCAAAACGACAAUGGAGAGAGCAGCAGCGCGAGGCCGAAGCUCUUCGGAGUUCCCCUCAAUGGUUGCUCUCCUAAGAGACCUUUGAACCGGGACGAGCCCACGUCGCCCUCCACGAAGCCGCGCUUGGUUUUGGAGAACGAGGACUUGGGCUUCAACUUAAUGCCACGUUCUCCGCUCUCCGCUUAAAUAAAACCCUACCUCGCUCUUCAUUUCUCUCCGUUCACCUGCGCCCUUCCUCUUUCCCCUCUCCCCCCCCCCCUCCGUGGUCGUUGUUCUCAAACCCUGGCUCUUAAUUAUUUUCCAUCUACGAGUUGAUCAGAGUUUAGUUUAUCCUUGCUGGUGGGAGCUAGCUAGCUAGCUGUUAGUGUAGUAAUGUACAAAACUAAUGCACGGUGGGAUUUUCAGGCUCUUUUGCAUCUCUCUUUGGUAUUUUUACCACCGCUUUA